AUGGCUGACAACGUCAAUAACGAGAAGACCCCCAACCUUGCGGCCGUGGACGACCAGAAGGCUCAGCACGACUGCAUCAAGGCCCAGUCCAACGUCGACGGCGACUGUGAGGCCGUUGACGACAUGAAGGUCGCGGAGACCGCCAACCUCGACGAGGCUCAGCUGUUCCUUCAUGAGCAUGGCAUCCCCAAUGCGAGUCUCGAAGCGCUUAUGAGCGACGAAGCCGCCUUGAAGAGGCUCCGCCGCAAGAUCGACUGGCAACUGAUGCCCCUACUCUGCGGCACCUACCUCCUCCAGUAUAUCGACAAGCAGGCCCUCAGCUACUCUGCCGUCUUUGAUCUCUUCACUUCCACUGGUAUGACCAGCGACGAAUACAGCUGGAUGGCAUCCAUUUUCUACUUUGCCUACCUGGCGGCUGAGUGGCCCGCAUCGUACAUUGCCCAGCACUACCCAACCGGCAAGAUUGUGGCGGCAUUCGUCCUCAGCUGGGGCACGAUUCUCCUCUGCACAGCCGCCGCACACAAUUUCACCGGGCUUGCCAUCUGCAGAUUCCUCCUCGGCGUUUUUGAAUCGGUUAUAACUCCCGCCUUUAUGCUCAUCGUUUCGCAAUGGUUCGACCGCGGCAAGCAGCCUUCCCGUGCCGGUCUCUUCUACUGCUUCAACGGCAUUGGCAGCAUGACCGGCGGCGUGCUUUUUUACGGAGUUGGUCAGGCCAAGGGAUGGGACGUCUGGCGCAUCAUCUACAUUCUUUGCGGCGGUCUGACUGUUGUCUGGGGCAUCGUGCUCUACCUCUUUAUGCCUGACAACGUUCUGACUGCCAAGCGCUUCACCAUUGAGGAGCGCGCCAUGCUCAUUGCCCAGAAUGCGCGCGCCCGUGGCGGUGUCUUCAACAGCAAAAUCAGAAUGAAGCAGGUCAAAGAAGUGUUCCGUGACGGCCAGGUGUGGCUUCUCUUCUGGUUUGUGCUGUUCAACGAGAUCAUCAACGGCGGCAUCGCAAACUUUGUCAAGCUCAUCGUCAAAGGAUUCACCCAUGAUGCCCUCCUCACGACUGCAUACGGCAUCCCGUAUGGUGCCUUCACGGCUAUAUACAUGUUUACUGGCCCGUACAUGGCAUCUCGCGUGAAGAACGCCCGUACAUACGUCAUGAUCAUCUGGCUACUGCCGACGCUGAUUGCUGUCUGCUCUUCUUUCACCGGUGCUCUCAUCGUCGCUCUCCAAAUGCCCGCAUCCAACGUCGGUGGCUAUACCAAGAGGACCACAGCCACCGCCUUUGUUUUCCUCGCCUACUGCAUUGGCAACAUCAUUGGGCCCCACGGCUUCCUCGGGUCCGAAGCCCCCAUCUACCAGACCGGCUGCAAGCUCAUUAUUGGCUGCAUUGCUGCUCAAGUGGCUAUUGCCAUUGCCCUGAGGCUGCUGCUCAUCCGCAGGAACAAGAUGCGUGAUGUCGAGCAGAGCGGCUCUCCCCCCGAGGGGAAUGACGCGGCGGUGCUGGAGGACUUGACCGACUUUGAGAACAGGAGCUUCCGGUACAUGUACUAG